AAAUUUCAAACAAUAGAAAACCAAAUCCUCGUCUCCCAAAUAUAUCCACACAUUAGAUUGCCAUUAUCUUAUCCGUCAGAUAAGAGGCGAUCGUGCUCCUCUCGACUCAAUCCUAUCGGUACUUCACCCUUCUUCUUCCCACCAAUCACAACACAAACUAAACACCCUCAUUUCAUUUCACUCACCACACAACUAUUUCUUACCUCACCCUUCUUCUUCCUCUUCUUCCUCCUCUACCCAUACCAACAAUGGCGUCUCUACAGCACACCACCGCUUCACUCCACUCCAAACACAUCCCCAAAACCACAAACAUCCUCACUCGAAAACCCAUCCUCAACCUCUCCUUUUCAACCUUCUACUCCCCAAAACUCAAACUCAAACUCAAACUCCCCCUCACCAAAACCCGCCGCUCCACCGGCGGAGCCCUCGGAGCCAGAAUGUCAUCCCUAGCCGCCGGCAGCUACGCAGCCGCUUUAGCCGACUUAGCAAAUUCAAACAAUACCCUCGACGCAAUAACCGCCGACUUCGACAAAAUCGAACAACUUUUCUCUGACCCCAAGGUGUUCGACUAUUUCUCCAGCCCAAUAGUCGAAGAUUCCACCAAACGCCAACUUAUAGGAGAGUUCGCCACUACCUCAGGCUUCCAACCACACACACACAACUUCCUUAACGUCUUGAUCGACUCGAAGAGGAUCGAUAUGAUCAUCGACAUUAUUAAGGAGUUUGAAUUUGUUUACAAUACUUUAACUGAUACAGAGCUUGUGGUUGUGACUUCGGUUGUGAAGUUGGAGUCACAUCAUUUGGCUCAGAUUGCAAAACAGGUUCAGAAGCUUACUGGGGCUAAGAAAGUGAGGACUAAAACUCUUCUUGAUCCAAGUUUGGUGGCUGGUUUUACUGUCAGGUAUGGGAACACUGGCUCUAAGUUUAUUGAUAUGAGUGUUAAGAGGAAACUCGAGGAAAUUGCUGCUCAAAUUGAUUUGGGUGAUAUCCAACUUGCUGUAUAAGCAUUCUUCGUGCUUCCUUUCAAUUUGGUUUACUCAAAUUGUAAUUUUUUUUUGGAUUAUAAGUAUAUUUAUGUAUCUAUGUAUGAAUCCUCAAGUGUGUACAACCUUCUUACAAUAAUCAUAUUAAUAUUGAGUCCCUGCUUCUUA